AUGGUCAACAUCCCUCUCUUCCUCUCUGCCUCGGCGGCCAGCUGCUCCGCCGCGAACUUGUUCGUUACGUCCUACGGCGGUACCCUCACCACUGUCACCCUCGACAGUGCCGCAGACGGCUCUCACUCGCUCGAUGUGGCUUAUUCGAGCACCGGCUGUGGCUCCAGUCCGUCCUGGCUGACUUUGGAUUCGGAGCGCGGCAUUCUGUACUGCUUGGACGAGGGCCUCACGAGCACCAAUGGCACCAUCAACUCCUUGCUCGUCGACGAGAACGGUGGACUCACCCUGGUGACUUCCCAGCAGUCCAUCUCCGGCCCCGUCAGCAGUGUCCUCUACGGCAGCCCCAAUGCGCGUCACCUCGCAGUAGCACACUACUCUGGCAGCGCUGUCUCCACUUGGGGAGCUCCGAAAAACGGCUCUCUGAUUCCCGACCAGAGGUUCCCUUACACUCUGGACGGGCCCGGCGCCGUUCCUGACCGCCAGGAUGCGCCGCACGAGCACGAGGCUAUUUUGGACCCGACUGGCCAAUACAUCAUUGUUCCCGACCUCGGCGCCGAUUUGGUGCGCACUUAUAGCUAUGACAGUGCUGGCGCAUUGACCGAGGGAAAGCCUCUUGAGGCCGAGGCUGGCACCGGUCCGCGUCACGCUGCUUUCUGGACUGGCAGCUCGUACCACGGCAACUCUACGUUCUUCUACCUGGUGGGCGAGCUCGACAAUUCCCUGACCACCUACGCCGUCACCUAUCCUGCCGCAGGCGGCAUCUCCUUCACCGAAGUUUCCAAGACGACCUCUUUUGGCGAUGCUCCGGAACCGGAGGGAGCCGCUGCCGCUGAGAUUGAGGUUUCGCCCGACAACAGAUUCGUGGUCGUCUCGAACCGCAACGAUUCGUCGUUCGAAAUCUCCAGCGCUUACAACGGCACCAAGCAGUACUCAGACUCACUGGCUACAUUCUCGAUCCAGCCCAACGGCUCGCUUGUGUUUGAGCACCUUGCGCCGGCUGGCGGCUCGUACCCCCGUGCCUUCUCGCUCAACGAAGACGGGGAUUUGAUUGCGGUGGCCCUGCAGUACGACAGCAAGUUGGUCAUCAAGAAGCGUGACACUCAGACGGGCGUUAUCGGAGACGAGAUCGCCAGCAUCUCGAUCCCUGGCAAUUUGACCUCUGUCGUCUGGGACGAGUGCUAG